CGUAGUGCAGUGGUAGCUGUAGCGAGUGACGUAGAAAAUUUAAUAAACAAAACCUGCACACGAUUUAAAAAUUUUGUAGGACAACGCACAAAAUAAUUUUGAAUUACAUAAGGCAGCAAUUAAUGACAAGUGGCAUGCAACAUACACAUAUGAGAAGUGGCAACAACAACAGCAUGCAGAAACUAAAAACAGAACGUCAUUAAAAAGCGACAUGCAAAUUUGUACAAAACAAUUGCUUAACUUUGAAAUAAAACAUCAUAACUGACAUAAAGUGCCUUCAGAAAUUAGCACAAAAGAAAAUUUACACAUUAUCGAGAAUACCUAUAUACAGUAAACAAUUAUAAAUUAAACAUGGACUCGGGUAACAUAAUGGAUUUAUAUGCGAUGUAUUUAUUUCGACCCGGAAGCUCGCCAGUUGAUUGGUGUGAGGGAAAUUAUUUAAUUUCAUCUAAUAUUGCUGAAUUUGUUAAUACGUUCAGCAACUUUCUCUUUAUAUUACUGCCUCCGAUCUUAAUAAUGCUAUUUAAGGAAUAUGGUCGCUUUGUAACGCCUGGCAUACAUCUACUCUGGGUGCUACUAAUUGUGGUUGGCUUGAGUUCAAUGUAUUUUCAUGCAACGCUUAGUUUGCUGGGUCAACUGCUCGAUGAACUGGCCAUACUUUGGGUAUUUAUAGCAGCCUUCUCGCUAUUCUAUCCCAAACGCUACUAUCCCAAAUUUGUACGCAAUUCACGCAAAAUCUUCAGUUGGUUGAUGUUAUUUGCAGCGAUAGUCGCAACGGCUUUGUGCUGGUGGAAGCCCAUUGUUAAUGCCUUUGUUCUUAUGCUCAUGGGCGUGCCCACCAUGGCAAUGCUCUACACUGAACUACAGAGAGUUCGUGAUCAGCGUGUUUAUCGCUUGGGCUUGCGUGCCACAACCGUUUGGGCCGUGGCCGUAUUUUGUUGGAUUAACGAUCGUAUGUUCUGCGAGGCCUGGUCAGCGAUCAACUUUCCAUACUUGCAUGGCUUUUGGCAUAUAUUCAUCUUCAUUGCGGCAUAUACAGUGCUGGUGCUGUUUGCCUAUUUCUAUGUGGAAUCUGAGCUGCCACAGCGGCAGCCACUGCUCAAAUAUUGGCCAAAGAAUGAGUUUGAAUUUGGCAUACCAUUUAUAUCGAUAAGAAAUCCAGAUACAAAUGAUUGGCGCUUCUACUGCGGCUUAUUCAUGCAGGACUUUGAUGACAAGCAGAAUAUUUCUGCCAUCCAACAACUAAAGAUUAUGUAGAUCACUUUACAAACAUAUAUCUAGCCUAGAUCACGUGA